CAGUUUCAUUCAUCAAAAUUCUAAAGUAUAUUCUGUCCUUUACUCUGUUUUUUUUCUUCUCAAAAUCAUAGUCAUCAUCUUCAUCUUCAUUUCUUCCAUUAUUGUUACAGCAAAAAAUACUCUGUUUUCUUCUUCAAUAAUUACAGAUACACAACUCUUAGCCGCCUCCACACGCCCUACCCCCCCACCCCCACCCCACCAAAUACCCAUUAGCCCCACCCACCUACCCAUUUCGUCUACCAAAUUAUUGUAUACUAUAUAUAUAGGCUUAUAGAGUAAUGUACGUUUCUUCUUCUGUUCACAUCAAACCAAAUUUUUUCACUUCUUUUCCGGUAUCUAAAUCUCUUUCUAAAUCCACUGGUGCUUAUUGCUCUAGUGGGUAUUCUUCUUUGAGUUUCUCUUCCACUUUCCGAUCGCUGAGGUGGAGAUACGGUGUUGAUUGGAAAUCUCCGAUCAGUCUUACAUCUCAGAUCAGAACUGCCGCCGUUACCCCUGUUCUCAACAAUUUCCGUCGAAAACUCACUACCAUGGCUUCAGGGAACCCAUUUAAGGGAAUCCUCACCAGUCUUCCCAAGCCUGGAGGUGGUGAAUUUGGGAAAUACUAUAGCCUACCUGCUCUGAAUGAUCCCCGAAUUGACAAGCUGCCAUAUUCUAUCAGAAUUCUUCUUGAAUCAGCAAUCCGUAAUUGUGACAACUUUCAAGUCAAAAAGGAAGAUGUUGAGAAGAUCAUCGACUGGGAAAAUACUUCUCCGAAGCUAGCGGAGAUACCGUUUAAACCAGCCCGAGUUUUGCUGCAAGAUUUUACUGGUGUACCAGCUGUUGUGGACCUUGCUUGCAUGCGAGAUGCCAUGAACAAACUUGGCAGCAAUGCUGACAAGAUUAAUCCAUUGGUGCCAGUAGAUCUAGUAAUUGACCAUUCAGUUCAGGUCGAUGUGGCAAGGUCAGAAAAUGCAGUCCAAGCUAAUAUGGAACUCGAAUUCCAAAGGAACAAGGAGAGGUUCGCCUUUCUUAAGUGGGGUUCUAAUGCUUUCCGCAACAUGCUUGUUGUUCCACCAGGCUCUGGUAUUGUGCAUCAGGUGAAUCUUGAAUACCUUGGAAGAGUCGUCUUCAAUAGGGAAGGUUUGCUCUAUCCUGAUAGUGUUGUCGGAACUGAUUCACACACCACUAUGAUUGAUGGGCUUGGAGUUGCUGGCUGGGGUGUUGGAGGUAUUGAAGCAGAAGCUACAAUGCUUGGUCAGCCUAUGAGCAUGGUGUUGCCUGGAGUCGUUGGGUUCAAAUUAUCUGGGAAAUUGCGCAGUGGUGUAACUGCCACUGACUUGGUCUUGACAGUCACUCAAAUGCUGAGGAAGCAUGGUGUUGUUGGAAAGUUUGUUGAGUUCUAUGGUGAUGGAAUGGGUGAACUAUCGUUGGCUGACAGGGCCACCAUUGCCAACAUGUCUCCUGAAUAUGGUGCAACAAUGGGUUUCUUCCCUGUAGAUCAUGUUACUUUGCAGUAUCUGAAAUUAACAGGGAGAAGUGACGAAACAGUGUCAAUGAUCGAAGCAUAUCUGCGUGCAAAUAAUAUGUUUGUCGACUAUAAUGAGCCUCAACAUGAGAAAGUGUACUCUUCUUGUUUGUACCUAGACCUUGCUGAAGUUGAGCCUUGUGUGUCGGGGCCAAAAAGACCUCAUGACCGUGUGCCUUUGAAAGAAAUGAAGUCUGAUUGGCACUCUUGCCUUGAUAACAAGGUUGGAUUCAAGGGAUUUGCUGUGCCGAAAGAUGCGCAGGAAAAAGUGGUAAAAUUUUCUUUCCACGGACAACAUGCAGAGCUCAAGCAUGGAAGUGUUGUUAUUGCCGCUAUCACAAGUUGCACUAAUACAUCAAAUCCCAGUGUUAUGCUAGGAGCAGCCCUUGUUGCAAAAAAGGCUUGCGACCUGGGUCUAAAUGUUAAACCAUGGGUUAAAACAAGUCUUGCUCCUGGCUCCGGUGUAGUUACUAAAUAUUUGCUCCAGAGUGGACUGCAGAAGUAUUUAAAUGAGCAAGGUUUUAAUAUUGUUGGAUAUGGCUGCACAACUUGUAUUGGGAAUUCUGGAGAUUUGGAUGAAUCAGUUUCUUCUGCUAUAUCAGAAAAUGACAUUGUUGCUGCUGCCGUACUCUCUGGAAAUCGAAACUUUGAGGGGCGUGUUCAUCCUUUGACGAGAGCUAACUACCUUGCUUCACCUCCUUUAGUGGUUGCCUAUGCUCUUGCUGGCACUGUUGAUAUAGACUUUGAUAAAGAACCAAUUGGAGUGGGGAAGGAUGGUAAUAGUGUCUACUUCAGGGAUAUUUGGCCAUCGACUGAAGAAAUUGCCGAGGUUGUUCAAUCAAGUGUAUUGCCUGACAUGUUCAAGAGUACGUAUGAAGCUAUUACAAAGGGGAAUAACAUGUGGAAUCAAUUGUCAGUACCGGCUACCUCGCUCUACUCUUGGGACACUAGCUCUACGUACAUUCAUGAGCCACCAUAUUUCAAGGAUAUGACCAUGGAUCCCCCAGGGCCCCAUGGAGUGAAGGAUGCUUACUGCUUGCUGAACUUUGGUGAUAGUAUUACCACAGAUCACAUUUCACCAGCUGGAAGCAUCCACAAAGAUAGCCCUGCUGCUAAGUACCUUAAUGAGCGUGGGGUUGAUCGCAGGGACUUCAACUCAUAUGGUAGUCGUCGUGGUAAUGAUGAAAUUAUGGCUAGGGGUACUUUUGCCAACAUCCGAAUUGUUAAUAAGCUGUUAAAUGGUGAAGUUGGCCCAAAGACGAUUCACAUUCCCUCUGGAGAGAAGCUCUCCGUGUUUGAUGCUGCAAUGAAAUACAAGUCUGCUGGGCAAGACACAAUAAUCUUGGCUGGAGCUGAAUACGGAAGUGGUAGCUCCCGAGAUUGGGCUGCUAAGGGCCCCAUGUUGUUGGGAGUUAAAGCUGUAAUUGCUAAAAGCUUCGAGAGGAUUCACCGUAGCAACUUGGUAGGAAUGGGAAUUGUGCCUCUAUGUUUCAAGGCUGGUGAAGAUGCAGAUUCACUUGGAUUGACAGGUCAUGAGCGAUAUACCAUUGAUCUCCCAGACAACAUUAGCGAGAUCCGCCCAGGUCAAGAUGUUACUGUACAAACAGACACUGGAAAAUCUUUCACAUGCGUAGUGCGCUUUGACACUGAGGUGGAGUUGGCUUACUUCAACCAUGGUGGUAUCCUCCCAUACGUCAUUCGACAGUUGAGUCAGCAAUGAAACACAGCACUGAUUAUCUAGUAGCUACGUUUCUCAGAUAACUGUUUCGGUCUGGAAAGAGGAGGAAGGAUCAUGAAUCUUUUAACGCCAUUGUUGGCGAGGUUAUUUUGUUACUUCAGAAAGCACUGUCUAGCUAAUCUUUUGGAGAUGACUAGCAGUGUAUCAUCUUGUGGGAAUAAAGUCUUAAGUCUGGAAAUUUGUAAAACUUGCUUUACAUCAAUUGAAGAUUUUGGUUGCUUUUCA